UUGCAGUUGAAGGCGGAAGAGUGUGGUUCGACAGAUACUUGAAGCUACUUGAAGUGUUUCGACGGUCUCAAUUAAAGUAAGGUCGCUCACGGAGAAACAAUGUAGACCUUGACACCUGGUUAUAACGUGUUUUGAGCAAACAUUGUGGCUCCUGGGAACAUAAGAUAUUUUGGAAUCAAGUCAAAAUGCACAUCAUGGGGACCCUCUUGUUGAUAAUAUGUUUAGCUGGCUAUACAUUCGGACGUUGUCCCCGGGAUGAAUACAGAGUCGAAUUUGAAUGUUGCCCUUUAUGCCCUCCUGCAUCGCAUCUCGUAAAGGACUGCACAGAGAGAAGCAUUACAAACUGUUCAAGGUGCCCCAAUGGUACUUUCCAAGCUGGCCUUAACAAGGAGCAGCAAUGCUCUACCUGUACAAAGUGUGACGCAGGUCUCGGUCUGAAGGUGAAGAGGCCGUGUACACCCAAAUCAGAUGCUGUGUGUGAGACCCUAUAUGGAUCCUUCUGUAGUGACUCUAACGGAGGUGGAUGUAGGGCCGCUCAGAGACACACGGUUUGCAGUCCUGGUCAAUACAUCGGUCAAAAAGGAACAGCAGAUAAAGACACGGAGUGCCUUCACUGUACUGAUGGAACAUUCUCAGAUGGCACAUCGUCAUGCCAACCCCACACAACAUGUGAUUCUGUGGGAGGGGUGCAGAUACAACCAGGAACUGAUUCAACAGAUUCUACAUGUAUUCAAUAUGUUACGAUUGUGUUCAUAAUAAUAGGAUGCAUAUUGCUUAUAUCAAUCAUCGUCCUGGGAGCAUGGGUUUACAGAAGACGUCUAAAGGGAAAGGAAAAGCAGGGGUGGCGGUUACAUGGUGAAGCUGCUGGAGAAAGGACAGCUGGUCCCUCAUCCCCAUCUCUCCUCUCUCUGGAGCUUCCUGCAGGUCUAGAGGCCCUCGAAUGAAACACAGCCUGCUGAAGAAACUGGAUUGCCAGACCCAGUGACCAUCCUGCUCCAACCAGGAACCAACAAGAAUAAAACUAUGAUACAACUAUGGUAGAUCUUGAUGAUGAUCAGAGUCUGGGUCCAGCCCGACCCUUGAUAUGAUUUGAUUGAAAUUUAUUUCGAACAUGUAAAAGAAAACAAAAAAUAUAUAUCAUACACAAAUUAUUGAUGUUAAACAAAAUAGAAAGCAUAAUUAGAUACAUAAAUGAUGCAUACUUGAUAAUUGUAACAUGUUCGAAAAGGGGUGGGUAGAAGUUUACACUUAUUUAAUCUCCGUAAUUCAUUGAAAUUAACAUUCCUUAGUCAUAAUAAUUAUUAACAUUUUCAUUUAUUAUUAAUAAAUAUAUAUAUUAGAUAUAUAUAUUAUUUUUUAACGUAUCCAAACAUAUAAUUUGUUUUUGUUUUCCUUUUUUUCUUUUUUUUUUAAAUAAAAUGUAUAACUUAUAUGUUCAUAUCAGAUAUAUACUAUAAUUUCUUACACAUUUGUCCAAAAAAUUAAUAAAUAAAUUAACUAAAUAAACAAAAAACAUUCAUGAAAAUAUAUAGAUAUUAUUUCACUAUUGAUCCAUUUUUGUAUCCAAACAAUAUUUGUCAUUAAGAAAAAAAAAAAAUACAAAAAAAAUUAAGAAUAAAUAACAAACUAAAUAACUAAACAAUUAACACCCAAUGACCCUCAAGCCCCAAACAUAAUAGAUCCCCGAACAGGCUAGCUACAACACCAUGGAGUCUAAUGCACACUAUGGAUGGAGUGAUGCCUUUGAUUUUAAUUAAGAGGAUGAGAAUAGUUAUUUUAUCUUAACCGAUAUUUAUAACCAAUACCUCAUCCUCAUCCUCCUCCUCAUCGUCAUCGUCAUCCGCUUAUCCGGGGUCGGGUCGCGGGGGGAGCAGCUCAAGCAGGGGGCCCCAGACUUCCCUUUCCCGGGCCACAUUGACCAGCUCUGACGGGGGGAUCCCGAGGCGUUCCCAGGCCAGUGUUGAGAUAUAAUCUCUCCACCUAGUCCUGGGUCUUCCCCGAGGUCUCCUCCCCACUGGACGUGCCUGAAACACCUCCCAAGGAAGGCGCCCAGUGGGCAUCCUUACCAGAUGCCUGAACCACCUCAGCUGACUCCUUUCUAAGUAAAGGAGCAGCGGCUCUAAUCCGAGUUCCUCACGGAUGGCUGAGCUUCUCACCCUAUCCCUAAGGGAGACGCCAGCCACCCUUCUGAGAAAACUCAUCUCGGCCGCUUGUACCCGCGAUCUCGUCCUUUCGGUCAUCACCCAGCCCUCAUGACCAUAGGUGAGGAUAGGAACGAAGAUCGACCGGUAGAUCGAGAGCUUUGCCUUGCGGCUCAGCUCUCUUUUCGUUACAACGGUGCGGUAAAGCGAACGCAAUACCGCCCCCGCUGCUCCGAUUCUCCGGCCAAUCUCACGCUCCAUAGUACCCUCACUCGCGAACAAGACCCUGAGGUACUUGAACUCCUUCACUUGGGCUAAGGACUCAUUUCCUACCCGGAGUAAGCAAUCCACCGGUUUCCUGCUAAGAGUCAUGGCCUCAGAUUUAGCGGUGCUGAUCCUCCUAACCAAUACAAAUAGGUUAAUAAUAGAUAACAUCAAUCGACUUUGCACAUCGCACUUAAUCUACAUUGCAAUUAUUCAUAGUAGCAUCUGCAGUAGCUGCAAUCAUUGCUGUACACGGGGAAUGGGUUAGCCUAGCGAUUGUUAGUACUUGCACUUGGUUCUAUUAACAUCUUUACUGUACUGACAGCGAUAUAUUGUUUCACUUCUAAUGACAAAUGUACUUUGUUUUGGAUAAAAGCGUCUGCUAAAUGCCCUAAAUGUAAAUGUUGGAAGCUUGGGCUUGUCUUUUUAUAUAAUGUUAUGUCUUGGAUUUCACCUGCUGUUACUAUAUAGUGUGAUGGAAAAUCUACAUGUUGUUACGUUUUUGGUCUAUCUAUGAACUUAAGUUUUGUUACUAUUUUGUGUGAUGCAUAUAUUGCCUGCCUUCUGCUCUCCUUUCGGGUCAUUUAAAGUGUGAACGUUCGAGGGUCGUGUGAUGCAUUAUAUUGCCUGCCUGUUCCUAUCUUUUCGUGUGUUGUAAAUCAUCUUCCAUGCAAUCCUUUGAUGUAUGGGCCUGUUCCUCGACCCCCUGGCUAGCGUCAACGAAGCCAGAGGGUUAGAUGGCACGGCCGCUACCCCCUCCAAUGGCAUCCAGGGCAGCUUCAGUUAACCAUCUGCUACACAAAGGCUUUUGGUUUAUUGGGGGACACACCCCCUCCAGAAGCCAACCGAAGUGAAUAAGAACUCAUUGAUUCAAACACUCAGUGGACUUCUCCCCAGCGUACCUUCAGAGAAUGAAGUAACACGCAAAGAGAAGCUCCCAUCUGAGGCCUCCGAUUAUUGUAAUGUUUGCCUGUUAUGUUGUUUGUUGAUGCAUUGUGAUGUAUCUUUUUUCUUACUUUUAUUACAAAUAUAUAUGAUCAUUAAUUGUCAACAGUAUUGUGUGCUUUUUUGCAUCUAAAUAUCUCAUCUGUCUUAGACGCAAACUCUGAUAGUGUCACGGUCUGUCCGCCACGCCCCCUUCACCCUCGCAGCU